UUGAAUUUACGCUUCAGCAAUACACUCUGCUCUGAUGGAACUCCCUCAGCAACGAUUCAGAAAAUGAUGCCCUAGUUCUCGAAAGUUGGCACCAAAAAAAUGGCGAUAUCCCGUAGAAUCCGCGGACUCCUCUCCUGUCCUUCUUUUCUCGACCGCCUGAGAACCCUGAUUUAUAUCCAGCAGAGGUGGAACCAUACUUCCAGGACGGUAAUGGGGAUCAACCAAGUCGAAGGCACGAGCUUGAAUCCUCCUUCGGGUCCAUUUGAUACCUCGGCUUGGAAGAUUGUGGACUCAAGGACUUUCGGGAUUAGAAAGGAAUCGAUAUUACCUUCUACAUUGUUGGUCCUCAAAACUCUUCAAACAAAUGGAUAUGUAGCAUAUCUUGUCGGAGGGUGCGUAAGGGAUCUAAUUUUGAAAAGAACACCAAAAGAUUUUGAUGUGAUUACCGCUGCUACUCUAAAACAGAUUAAAAUGCAAUUUCGGCAUUGUAUAAUUAUAGGGCGUCGAUUCCCUAUAUGCCAGGUUUACAUUUCCGGCCAUGUUAUUGAGGUUUCUAGCUUCAACACUAUUGUUAGAAAUGAAGAUAAACAAGAGGAAAUUAUUUUUCCUCAAUUAUCAAAUAACUAUAAUGACGGAGAUUUUGCAUGCUGGAAGAACUGCAUGAAACGGGAUUUUACAAUCAAUUGUUUAUUCUUCGACCCAUUCAAAUACAAAAUCUACGACUUUGUUGGUGGUAUAAAAGAUUUAAGGGCAUCCAAGGUGCGGACAGUAAAUCCACCUCAUUUAGCCUUUAAAGAGGAUUGUGCGAAAAUUCUUCGUGGCAUGAGAAUAGCAGCACGUCUGGGCUUACAAUUUUCCAAAGAAACAGAAACUGCAAUACAAGACUUAUCUUCAUCUGUACUAACUCUUAACAAGGAAAGGUUAAUGCUGGAAAUGAAUUUUAUGAUGGCACAUGGAGCAGCUUCUUCGUCUAUUAAUUUACUUAAGAAAUUCAAACUGCUUGAUUUAUUGCUUCCUGCUCAUGCUGCUUACUUGACAUUUCAAAGCAAUAAACCAUCAGCUCAAAGGUCUAUCAUGUUAAUGGACUUGCUAAUGAAUGCUGAUAAAUUGCUUAGAGCUGACCGUCCAUGCAGUUGUGAUUUAUGGCUAGGAUUGUUGGCUUUUCAUCUGGCUUUGGUACAAAAUCCUCAAGACUCUCUUGUUAUUUGGACUUUUUCUUCUAUCUUGUACCAUGGGACAUGGAAUGAAGCUGUUGCAAGCUCUGAUGAUCUCAUUUACUUCGUUCCUGAAAUUUUACCGCCCUCGAUAGCUAAACUGGAUGAACUUCUUUUAAAAGAAACUUCACGAUUUGCAUCACUGGUCAAGUCUUCUGUGGAAGUUUUAACUGAUUCAAAUGUUCUUCAACAAUCUUUGGCCAAAUACGGCCCGCUAUCUUCAUCUCAAUGCCUGGUUUUUGUUGCUCCGAACACGGGGAGAAAAGUAUCAAAACUCUUUGAUGUUAUUGAUAUUUGCUUAAAUUGCCAUGGCAAAGAAGAAGGAAAUCUUCAUAUAAAAGAAAAAAAAUCAUCCAGAAAGAUGAGAGCAGAAAUAAACUACGAGCUGCUCAAGAAAGGGGAUUUGAAUGAAACGAGAUUCGUUCUUGGAAAAAUCAUUAUGGACACGAUGAAAGGUGAACCAAUUUCUGAAGCAGAUAAGAGAAUGGCUGAAGGAGAGAACAAAGUCAGGUUGUCCUCAUUGUUCUCGUAAUAUUGUAUCAUUAAUAUUUUCAUUUCAGAAUGUAUAUUAUUAACAGAACUUAUUAAAUUUAGAUUUAUGUGGCAGAAUUUUUUUGCCUUUUGUUUUUGAAA